UUAGUUUGUCGUCUACCUGCGCUUGGCUGCAACAGAUUCAGUAUUUUAUCGCUUAGUGCUUUUGUAUUUAUCCAUCGCCUUGACAUUACUUAUUAUUCUUUUUCGAAUAUGGAGCAACGUUGGUUGCGUGAUAAGAAAAUGAUAUUAACGGGCAGUGAUUUGAGUGCCAGCGAGGAUGGAGAAUAUGAAACAAUUAUUUUAAGACAUGCCAAUUUGGAACAAAGUGAUAUUGAAGUGAUAACAAAAAAAUUUGCCUAUGCAACUUAUUUGGAUUUAUCGUACAACGAGAGAAUUGGUAAUGAAUUGUGAUAAAAGUGAAAAGAAUGUCGGAGGCAGUGCGAACUAACUACGGAUAAAAACAUACUUAUGUCGAUACUGAUAUGUUUGAUGUACAUAUAUUGAUGUAGAUGAAUCAUUUGCGGAAUAUAAUUUUGCAGUCAGAACAACGUCAAACUGGUUUCUAAAUACAUAUAUGAACUGCACGGGUUUGCGUGAUAUAACUUAUCGGUUUCCCACAUGCACACUGAAGCACUUAGACAUAGUUGGAUGUUCCAUUGAUCUUGAAGACCACUUCCACAAAUAUGAAUUUCCAAUGCUGGAAAGCUUAACACUCAACUGGCAGCCAAGUAUCAAAUGGCGAAAUUUACUAGGCAAAAUGGGCAGCCUACAGAGAUUAACUAUUGAGAGUAUUUGCAGACAAGGCGCAAAGAGUUGCCGCGCGCUAUUAGAGACAAUUGCAGAGUAUAAAAAUAUCAAAGCGAUCACCUUUUGCGGCUUACCCAGUGCAGAAGAGAUCGUCCAGCUUAGUAAGUUGACUGACAUAGAACUGGGAUUUCGUAUUAGAAACGGCGCGGAGAAUAGCCUGUCCCAAUUGUGCGGUCUACAAAACUUGCACACCCUCUAUCUGGAGCAUACGACGAGCAUCUCGAAUACAGAGUUGCUGACUGUAAUAAAGACUUGUCCAAACUUGAGAAAAAUUACGCUGGAUUAUUGCGAUGGUGUAACGAAGGAAUUCAUAUUCAAAGCUGCUGAGUUCUUGAGGGAACGUGAUAAGUACGAACCACUGAAAGCGCGUUUCAAUCUUGAGCUUUGCGGCUGUGCUAACAUCGUUGAAGAUAUACUAGCGGAUCCCCUCUACGCAAGCGCUGAGUCCGCCAUGAGCUUAAUUGUAUUCUUCAAAUGUAAAUAUGCAGUGACUGACUAUCGAAAUGACCUCCUUAUUCCCUACCCAGCACCAAAUGUACAACUCAGCAUUUACAUACUUUUCGAGAUCUUCAAAAAACUCAAACGUCGCUCUCACUCCCAAGCAUUCGCAACGGUUUGUGUAGAUUUCGAAAAUGCGGCCAUCGAAGAAGAGCGCCAUUUGAAAAUCAUUUCCUGUCGUAAGGCGAAAAUUGUAAAUAAUCGCGUAUAUGAUGCUUACAUGGAGAUUACAGCUGAAAAUAACAACUUCUUUAAAAAUCGUAUGUUGGCCAAUGCCACGAAAAUGGAGCUGAGCAAUCGUAUAUUUAGACUCGAAACUAUUUUUGAGGAUUUUCCUAAAUUGAGGCGUUUGAAGUUGUUGAAUUGCGCUAUAAAUGAGAGCGGGAUCCCCAGAAAUAAGCAGUUCAAGAGCGUGAGAGAUUUGGAAAUAUGGGGUGAGAAUGCUUUGCGUUUAUGGCAGACACUAGCGAUGCUUUUUCCUAGAGUCACAAAUGUCAAUUUAACGUACGCCACGUGGGAGAGCCGACUGAAUGCUGCGAGUCAUGAGUUGCUGAUAUCAAAUGAGAGCAGAAUCUUUGAGCAUCUCAGGAGUGUAACUACUGUUGGUUUGGUUUUGAAUGAUGAGGACUUGAACGUUUUUACACAACUAAUAAAUUUGAACAGUUUCUGCAUUUGCCGCAAUCCACAAAUAACAGGCAAAUACAUUUCGGAUCUGCGGAGCAUUGAGGAACUGCAAGUAACUGAUUGCGCAAAUUUCAAACAAUAUUAUUUGGCUGAUAUCUUGCGUUGCCUCGCCUUAAAAUCGCUUAACAUCAGCGACUGUCCGUUGGCCUACACCUCAGCGCACCUCACGAAUGAGAUGUGGCUACAAUGCGAAACGUUGAGUAAACUUAAAAUUGACUGGCAACAAGCGCACACAAUUAUCGCUUUACAAACUCUUAACACUUUAGUGGAUCUGGAUAUGCGCGGCUGUGAGGCAAACUAUACCGAAACGUGGCAGCAUCAAUCUGCUGAUCAGCAAGCGCUGUUCCAACAACACGUCCGCUGGGAGCAGCGCCUCUUUCACGUACUCCUCGAACGCACCAACAUUACAAAGCUCACACUCGAAGCUGAGUUGUUGCGUCGAAAUCUUGAUUCAUUGCAGCUCUUACAACACCUGACACACCUGAGUGCGAUUGCCAUACCGCUGGAUGUUAUUCCGACUACACCAAAUUUCUAUCAAACUAUUGGCAGGCUAGCUAAUCUGGAAUAUUUACACUUGGCAAAUUUCUUUUACUGUUAUGAUGGCAUAAUACACAUCGUAGGCAAAUGCCCCAAACUCAAAGAGGUGCGACUCAGCGAUUGCGUGGGAUUUUCGGAUUUUGCGAUCUAUGAACUCGUCGAAGUGGUGAAGCGCAAACGUAGAAAAGAGCAGCUGCCACUUUGCUUAUUUUUGCAUAAUUCGAGGGACGAAUCCGGUGAUACCUGCAGUGAGGAAAGUUCGGCCAGCGCUAAUGAUGUGGUGAGCAUUUAUGGUGAUUUUUUUCGCUGUAUUUAUUACCAUUUUUUAAUAAGAAUGUUUUAUUUACAACAACAACAACAGAACAAACGCUUCGAAGACGUCCAGGAAUUCAUUGAGGUUACUUUCGUGGAUGAACCGAAAUCGGAAUUGUCUACAUCGAGCCCACCAUUCCUGGAUGAAGUAAUGUGCUUUAAAUGACACUCGGCGAAGAGGGGAAGUAACAGUGAAAUAAAAAUGUAAAAAUGGUUUAAAA